GCGCAUAAAACUGGCCGGUUGUCCGGCGUCUCGCCAGCUCAAAGUGCCACGACUCCAUUGAAAGAAAUAGGAUUCCCAGACGGACUGACUGAGAAAGAGAAUUUGCGGAAAUAGCAGCAUAUUUUACACCAUAUUGAAAGAAAUUCAACGACAAAAUCCGUGCUUCUUCAACCGCCUACAGAAGUGGUGUAGUUACAUCAGCAGAUAAAAAUAAUAAAAGAAGGACAGCUAACCUGCCAUAGUGGUCAUCAUGGAUCUGUAUGACCCUCAGACGCUGGGCAUCAUGGUAUUUGGAGGCUUCAUGGUCAUCUCAGCCCUCGGUAUCGUUCUGGUCUCCACCUUCUCCAUGAAGGAGACCUCGUAUGAGGAGGCCCUGGCCAAGCAGCGCAGAGAGUUGGGUAAGAUGGCGCCUCCAGGACAGCUGACCAAGAAGGACAAGAAGAAGGAGAAGGCGUCUGAGAAGAAGAACCGGGGUAAGAAGAAGGAAGACCAGCCCAAUGAGAAGCUGCCAGAAUCAGAACGAGAGGAUGUCCCAGUGGCCGAGCCUGAACUAACCCCAGAACCAUUUGCUGCUUCUGCUCCCGAACCAAUCCCUGCCCCUGCCCCUGCUCCCACCGCUGUAGAGGCGUCACUUGCCCCAAAGAAGAAGAAGGAGAAGAAGAUGGCUAAGGUAGAGCCAGCCCUGGCUGCUCCUGCCCCAGCCCCCAUGGCCCCCUCCAAGCCUGCUCCUGCCCCCAUGGCCCCCUCCAAGCCUGCUCCUGCCCCCAUGGCCCCCUCCAAGCCUGCUCCUGCCCCCAUGGCCCCCUCCAAGACUGCCCCCAUGGCCCCCUCCAAGACUGCCCCCAUGGCCCCCUCCAAGACUGCCCCCAUGGCCCCCUCCAAAACUGCCCCCUCCAAGACUGCCCCAGCCCCCAUGGCCCCCUCCAAGCCUGCUCCUGCCCCAGCCCCCAUGGCCCCCUCCAAGCCUGCCCCAGUCCUGGUGGCUGUCAACAAGGAGGUCCCUGUGAUGGCAGUGCCCCCGGUGGGCUCCCAGCAGACUGUAGCCAAGGCACAGGAUCCUUCCAAGAAGAAGGCAUCCUCCAAGAAGAAGGCUGAGCCUGUGGUGGAGUCUGGUGUGGAUUCCCCCCUGUACCUGCCCUAUCAGGCCCUGGUCUCUACUGUAAGCAGUAUGGUCUUCAGGCAGGGAGAGGCCCAGCGCCUUCUAGACAUCCUCUCUGACAAGGCUGGCAUCAUACAAGACACCUGGCACAUGGCUACUCAGAAGGGCGACCCGGUGGCUAUGAUGAAGAGACAGUUGGAGGAGAAUCAGAAACAGCUGGCCAAUCAGCAGGAGGAUGCUACUGCAGCCAAAAACAGACUCAGAGAAAUCAGCAGGGAGCUGUUGGCUGAGAAGUCGAAGGUGGCCAGUGUGGAGACCAGGUUGAGUUCCCAGCUCUCGUCCAGGGAGCAGGAGAUGAUUGCCCUGCAGGCUCGUAUGCAGGCCUCCUACCAGGACCACGUAGCCCAGACACAGAAACUCAACGCCAAGGUCCUCGGUCUUCAGGAGCAGUUGGAGUCUGGUCCCACCGCCCAGCUGGCUCGUCUGCAGCAAGAGAACUCUAUUCUCAGAGACGCCCUGAACCAGGCCACCAGCCAGGCAGAGAGCAAACAGAAUGCAGAGCUGACCAAGCUGAGACAGGACUGUGCCAGACUAACCAAGGAGCUGGGGGAGAAGAGCGAGAGCCUUCAGGCUGAUGAGAACAUCAAGAGAGGGCUGGAGGCUAAGGUGUCUUCUGUAGAGAAACAACUGUCUUUACUACAGGCCAGUCAUGCUGAGAGUGAGCAGAUGUUGCAGAGGAGGCUGGAGGAAGUCAGUGAGGAGUUGAGGAGUUCUCAGAGCACCCUGGAGAAAGCCCAGCAGGACGCUACAACCCUCUCAGACCUCCAGGUCCACCUGGGCAGUGUAGAGGCUGAUCUGAAGGAGCGUAGUGCCCAGGUGGAGGCCCUCGCAGCCCAGCUGGAGCAGACAGAGCUGGAGAAGGGACAACUGGAGGACCAGGUGGGAUCCAUUAAUGUACUUCUAGAGGCCAGCCACAACAGAGAGGAGAAUGAGGACAUGGAGGAAAACUCCACUGAGUUGGAACGGCUAAAGAUGAGUCUUCAAGACCGAGACAUUCAGCUGGCGUCACUCCAAGAGGAGCUGAAGCAGCUCAAAGAAAUGAAACAGGAGGCAGCUAUAACUGCCGAGAUCACUACAACUGAGACUGAGCAGGAUCCUAACUGUGAGGACAGAAGCCUGGUGGCAUCACUUCAGGAAGAACUGAAGCAGCUUAGAGAAGAGAUGGAACAACUACUAAACUCUCCCGUAGCUCCCCCAAGUUUCAUCGAACUAAAAGCGGCUGAUGUCUCAGGAGAGACUAAACAGCUACGCAACGGUCUGGAGAAGAGCGAGAGCCAGGAAGCAUCGCUAGAAGCGGAAGGGAAGGAACUCAAAGAAAAAUCUGAACAGGCCCAGAGCAGCACCACUCAGUCUGACAACACAGCAGAACUGGCUGCGCUACAAACCAGUCUGGCAGAGAGGGAAGCUAUGAUGACGUCACUACAGGAGGCGCUAAGGGAAGCCAGGGACCAAUCACAGAAGGAGCUGUUGGAGAAACUGAAGGAGACCGAGGACAGCCACGGGACACUGCAGGCGGAGUGUGACCAGUACAGGACAGUCCUGGCUGAAACGGAAGGAAUGCUGAAGGACCUUCAGAAGAGUGUUGAGGAGGAGGAGCUGGUGUGGAAAUCCAAGAUGGCCGACUCUGAGGACCAGUUGAAGAAGGCCCUGGAACAAGUGCACACUCUGGAGGAGACUGCAGAGAGCUUGAAGGCAGAAAACCAAAGCAUAGAACAGGAGCUGUUGGAGAAACUGAAGGAGACCGAGGACAGCCACGGGACACUGCAGGCAGAGUGUGACCAGUACAGGACAGUCCUGGCUGAAACGGAAGGAAUGCUGAAGGACCUUCAGAAGAGUGUUGAGGAGGAGGAGCUGGUGUGGAAAUCCAAGAUGGCCGACUCUGAGGACCAGUUGAAGAAGGCUCUGGAACAAGUGCACACUCUGAAGGAGACUGCAGAGAGCUUGAAGGCAGAAAACCAAAGCAUAGAACAGCUGAAGGAGCAGGUGAUGCUGUUGGAAGCCCAGUUGGAGAAACAGUCCGAGACCGCCCCGACAGAGGAGGAAAUGUCUCAGUUGAAGCAGCUGCUGUCAGAGUCUCAGAGCCAGCUGGAGUCAGCCCAGACGCAGGCCCAGACGCACAGGGAAGAGCUGGCUAUGGUCAGAGGUCAGCUGAACGAGGCGAUGGAGCGCGCUCAGAGCCAGAAGGCGGUCCCUGAGGCCGGGGCACAGAAUGGCCAAUCAGAGCCUGAGGUCCAGACCCAGUUGAGUCAGACCACAGACGAGUUUGAACAGGCUCAGAAGACCGUUGUAGAACUCCAGGCCCAGCUGGACAUGCUGAAAGAGGCAGGAGACUCCCCACAGGCCGACACAGAGGACGUAACCCAGCUAAAGGAAGAGAGUACAGGGCUGAAGGAAGGAACAUCUGUUUAAGAGACUGAAGAUAUGACACUAAAACAUGAUUACCAUAACUGUUCUUAUUUAUUAUACUGUAGUAGUUGAAUGCUGCAACUCCUGUAAGAAUCAAAGGUCCAGUUUCCCGGACACAGAUUAAGCCUAGUUCCUGGGGCUAAAAUACAUGCUCAGUGGAGAAUCUCAAUUUUAAAGUUAAGUUUUAGUCAGGGACUAGGCUUAAUCUGUGUCUGGGGGAAACCGGACCAAAGUAUUUCUGGGUCGUUCCACCAAUUCGGUGCCUUUUCAGAUGAGGAAGUGUUUUAACAUUUGUCAUAAAGAGAACAUGUUCAACUUAAUCAAAAAACAUGUUUUCCCAUCUUCGAGGUUAAAUCAAAGAUUACUAUAUUUAAGUGCCAAAUAAAGUAACAGGGUUGACGAUUUCAUCAAAAAACCCCGCAAUAAAUCCCUUUGUGACGGGGGAAAUGGAACCUUGUUAUGUGCAACAGGGAAGGGCAAUUGAAUGCAAGCGUCACACAAAAAAAAGAUAUUGUGUGAACAUUCCUAGCCUGUCUAUCUAUGGAUAACGGGUUUUAUGCUGAACCAACUCAGUUUUCCACCACAAAACAACAGAAAAUGACCAAAAAUAGUAUAACCAGCUGCUUUUUCAUGAUGACUUGACUAUUAGAUGUUCAAUGUUUAUUUUUUAUAACAUUUAAAAAGGAAUAGUUUCACCGUAUUAAAACAAGUUCAGUUCCCGUAACAGGGUUGGCCUUAAAAUGAGGGACAUAUUUUUUUUUGUACCUUUUUUUUAAAAUGAAUCACUAAUUUACAUUUUAAAUAAAUAAUCAUCUUUGGAAAUGACUUUGUAAAAGCAACAAAAUAACUAGGGCUUUACAAUGAUGGUGAAACCUUUGCGACAUGUUAGGAUUAAGUGGGUUGAAAUCUAUCGAGGAGUCAGAGGAUAUUAUUAUUAUUAUUAUAGAGGAUGCAUGUAGGGACAUGUCAAAAUGCUGAAUUUUGGCACUUU